GCGCCGGCGCAGUGGCUAAAUAGACGCGGAGAAAGCAGUACUGGCGACUGGAGGUUACGACGCGCGUUGCGAUUUCAGUAACCAGCGUAACGGCUUUGCGAAAAGGGGAAAACAAAAGUGACCAGUGGCGGCAGGAGGCGAGCGGCGCGGAAGUGGGUUACAAGAGGAAGCAAAGGAAGUCAGGAAGUCAGGAAGUCCAGCUGGCGAAGGAAAAGCAGUUUCAACUGUCAAGGAAGCAGUGGAUAGAACGGAAUAAGCAGCACAAGACUAUUAGGAAGCAGGAUAACAAGCAGUUCAAGGGAUUUCAGUUUCACCUCCUCAAAUCCCUAGAGAAAACCUGUACCAAGGUUAACGCCUCCAAAAGCUUUAUUAAAAGGAGUAAAGCGGAAUAAAAAUAAAAAUAAUUAAUUGAUUAAUUACACACACAUACACAAAAAAGUGUUAAGACAAACUGACCAGACAGGAACAAAUUCUUAAGAAAUCUCUAUUUCAAUAACAAAAACCUUUUUAAAAUUUUUAAGCGGUAAAAAAAAGAUUAUUAUCUUAUUAUUUAUAAUUUAAAAAAUUAGAAUACAUAUAAUCUAUUGAGAAACUGAAAUAGGAAAAUCUUAUUAGAAUAUUCGCCAAAACUAGUACGAAAGCAAGCCUCCACGAAGUUCUACCCCCUCGUACUUUAGUAUUCCUAUAAACGCUGAAGGUCCCGGAAGUAAGCAGUUUUAGAAUCCAGGCAUUCAGCUAAACAGGAAACCAUGCAAAGGAAACACAGUUAGCAGUGAAAGCAGUCGAAUCAACAUAAGUGCCACCAAUUGCACUCGCAAUUAAAAAUUAAAUGCGUGUGCGAAAAAAGCGACCAAGCCAAUGUCAAAACAAUCUGCAAGUGCAAGUGCCACGCUGCUGCUGCUCAUUUGGCUGACAUGGCUAACGAUGCACUGCAUCGCGUUGGACUGGCAGCAGGUUAAGCCGAUGUACCUGGUGUCCAUGUACCCGGGCCCCGCGGGUCUCUCCACUUCCUCGUCCUCCCCAUUUUCCUCCUCAGCAUCCUCAUCCGGUUCCCUGGAGCACGAUGCGGAAAUGAGUGCCAGCAACGUGGACAAUCGACACAUGAAGGGGUUGGGAAUGGGCAGGGAGAUGAGCGCUUUCAGCGAAGAGGACGAUCGGGAGCCACUGGUUCUCAAUUUGGAGACCACGCCACUGAUAGAGAAGAUGCUGCCCGAGGGCGCGAUGGCGAUGGAUCGCAUCUUUGGCGGUGAUGUGGGCAAUCCCCACUGUUUUCCCUAUCAGGUGGGAAUGCUGCUUCAAAGACCUAAGGGUCUAUACUGGUGUGGUGGCUCCCUGAUCUCUGAUAAGCAUGUCAUCACCGCGGCUCACUGUGUUGAUAUGGCGAAGAGGGCCCUGGUUUUCUUGGGCGCCAAUGAGAUCAAGAACGCCAAGGAGAAGGGUCAAGUUCGACUGAUGGUGCCUAGCGAAAACUUCCAAAUCUACCCCACCUGGAAUCCAAAGAGAUUGAAGGAUGACAUUGCUCUGGUAAGACUGCCUCAUGCCGUCAGCUUUAAUGAGCGCAUUCAUCCCAUUCAAUUGCCGAAGAGGCACUACGAGUACCGCAGUUUUAAAAACAAACUGGCCAUCGCAUCCGGUUGGGGUCGCUAUGCCACUGGAGUCCAUGCGAUCAGCAAUGUGCUGCGCUACGUCCAGCUGCAGAUAAUCGAUGGACGGACUUGCAAGUCCAACUUCCCGCUAUCCUAUCGAGGUACAAAUAUAUGCACCAGUGGAAGGAAUGCGCGUUCAACUUGCAAUGGGGAUUCGGGAGGACCUUUGGUUCUCCAAAGGAGGCACUCGAAGAAGAGAGUCCUGGUGGGAAUUACAUCUUUUGGCAGCAUAUACGGUUGCGAUCGAGGCUAUCCAGCGGCCUUCACCAAAGUUGCCUCAUAUUUGGAUUGGAUCAGCGAUGAAACUGGUGUUAGUGCCCACCAGGAUACCACGGAGGCAAUAUUCUUCGAUCAGUAUGUAAGGGAAUAUGGAAAACCACGUCAAAGUCGACGCUUGGAAACGGAGGAGCAGUUGGAAGACGAUGUGCCCGACGAACUAGAUUUCCAUCCGAGACCCGCUUCAGAUGAGGACAUCUCCGAGGAUGUCAGACCACGAACACGAUCACGCCCACACUCCGAAAACGAGUUCUAUUUCUUGUAACCCAAAAAUAA